AUGGCGGAGGGAGCUGGCCAACCUGUCCCUACAGCGUUGGACGAGAAAGAGAUCCUCCUCCGAGACGACACCCUCGACUCAUCUCUGGGGCCUUCGCGUCCGAACAGUAAAGAAUGGAAAGACCUUGAAGUGGAGUCGGUGGCGGCUCCGCUGUAUUCGUACCGUUUGCCAGUCGAUGCCCUACACCGGGCAAGGCGCCUGGAGCCGUGGCGCUUCGACCGUCCGCAUAUGCGGGCCUUUUUCUUUGCAUGGUCAUCCUUUUUCAUCGCGUUUUUCGGUUGGUUUGCGGUACCAGCGCUUUUACCGAGUAUUUCCUCGGACAAAGCAUUGGACUUGACCAAAGCGAACAAAGCGCACUCGAAUGCGAUUGCGCUUUCAGGUACAGUGUUCAUGCGCAUGGUGACUGGUGCCCUGGUGGACCGCUUCGGGCCACGACGUGUUCAGGCGCUCCUGCUGGCGGUGUUCUCAAUCCCGGUGUAUCUGUUCGGAACGGUGUAUAAUUUUGCAUCAUUCGCCACAGCACGUUUUUUCAUCGGCGGUCUUGGUGCAACCUUCGUUGUAACUGAGUACUGGUGUGCGCUGAUGUUCUCGAGGAAUAUCAUUGGAACAGCGAAUGCGGUUGCAGCGGGAUGGGGCAAUGCGGGCGGUGGCGCCACCAAUGCGCUUAUGCCGCAGUUCUAUAACUUGAUGAAGGUCUUCGGUUUGGACGAGGAAAAAGCCUGGCGAGUCGUGAUGGUGAUCCCUGGUACCAUGGCCCUGAUCUGGGCCGUGGUCUUGUUCUUCUUCUCCGACGACUGCCCAGACGGUGACUACAAGAAUCUCUAUCGAAUCGGGAACUUGCGCCCGAUUUCAGCACUCGAGGCUUUUGCGCGAGCAGCAAGAAAUCCGCGAACGUAUGUGCUGUUCUGCCUGUAUGCGUCUUCUUUCGGUGUUGAGCUGACCAUGGAUAACGUGCUGGCUACUUACUUCAACAAAGUCUUCAACCUUGAUCAAUCGAUAGCCGGUGUUGCGGCAGGUCUCUUUGGACUAAUGAACCUGUUUGCGCGGGCUGUUGGCGGUAUUGGCUCGGAUCUGAUUGCGCGUCGCUACAGCAUGCGCGGACGUGUGCUCUGGUUGUUCGCGAACCUGGUUCUCGAGGGUGUAUUCUGCUUGGUUUUCUCCCGGAUGACGACCAUCGGUGCAGCAAUACCCACUUUGAUUCUUUUUUCCCUUUUCACGCAGGCGUCAUGCGGCGCAGUUUUCGCGAUCGUCCCCUUCGUGGAUCCGAUCGCGACCGGGUCCGUGGGUGGUAUCGUUGGUGCGGGCGGGAAUACUGGCGGCGUCACCCUCAGUCUUGUGUUUAGCCACAUGAGCGAUCCGGAUGCGGUUCGCCUAAUCUCCUUUGUCGUGCUGGGUAUCUCAGUCUUGUCGUUUCUGUUGCUUUGGCCACUCCCCGUGAAAGUGACGACCAUUGGAAUAUCUGAUGCAGAAUUGCGUGCGCUGAAUCGCUUGAGUCUCCAAAAGGACGAUCUUGGUGUCUCGGAGCAGCCGCCAGACGACAAGGCUAUGUCGCCGAUCGUAGCGAUAGGCGAACCCAUGAAUACUGGCGCACUGCAGAGCGUCAUGCGCGACUCGAUUGAACCGGUGGAAACGACAAGUGCUCUUGAUCGUGGCACACGCCCUGAGGCGGAACACGUUUCGGACGUGCAUCCAGCUCAGAAGCCGUAG